CUGUAUUCGUUGUAUAGCCAGGCCAAAUGGCCAAGGCUCCGUCAUUACGAUUUGCAUUUAUUCCAAAGAGAAUUGUUUUCGGAUCAUCACCAAUUCACCAUCAUAAUGGCCUCUGCAAUCGCUCAGUUCUCUUCCGUCUCUUCGAUCAAUCGCAACCUGCAGCUACAGAAACAAUCACUCCCUCCACCUGCUCUUCGUUCCAGGCUGUCAGUUUCUAUGAACCUCGAAGGAAGUGGAACAGGACGUUCUUAUUCAGAGGCUACAACUACCUUAAGUUAUACAGCUGAUCCAUCAAGGUCACAUAUAGAGGACACUAUGAAAUCAAAUCCAAAUAAUGAACAAGUCGGUGGUAAGUUAGGGGUAGAUGACCAAUUAAUGGGACAAGUUGUCACCCAAGAGAAAAGGGCAGCAAAGAUCCAUGAUUUUUGUUUUGGGAUCCCGUUUGGUGGGCUUGUUUUAAGUGGAGGGCUUGUUGGAUUUCUUUUCUCGAGAAAUAUCACAACUCUAAGCACUGGCAUGCUCUUUGGAGGUGCUUUGUUGGCCCUGAGCACCACUAGCUUAAAGUUUUGGAAACAAGGGAAAUCCAGCUUACCAUUUAUAUUGGGACAAGCAGCACUUGCAGCGGCACUUCUUGGGAAGCAUUAUAAGACCUACUCCUUGACAAAGAAGUUCUUACCGACAGGAUUCUAUGCCAUUGUUAGUGCUGCAAUGUUGUGUUUCUAUUCCUAUGUGCUGAUAUCUGGAGGAAACCCUCCGCCAAAGAAGUUGAAGUCAGCUGAAGCUGCUCCGUCAUGAUGCAAAGUUGGAUGCUGCUCCAUUGGCCCGAUGCAAAGUAGCUCUAUCUCUCGCUUCCCCCCUCCCCUCUGUUAGCCUUUUUCCAUGCCUCGCACCAGAGUGGAUUUGGCCCUAAUACCUAUCCUUUGUAACCAAUGUGAUCCAAUUCUUGCCUCCUUCAUCCAUGAAAAUUUGGCCCUUGAAAAUUGAAUAGAGAAAAUCCUUGAAAAUUGAAUAGAGAAAAUCCUUGAAAACUGAAAAGAGUUUAAACCCGCAAUUGCCCAUAGCCUAGUCUGCAUGAUGCAAGUGUCAAAGUAGAAAGGUAUUUGUGAUCCCCGGUCCCCUGGAUCCCUCAGGAGAAAGUUUGCAUGAAUGGUUGAUCUAAGCAAAAAAUCUAUGAUGAAAUUGUCUGUAAGGGAUGGCAAUGGGGAAGGCUAAAUUGGCUGGCUUGCACUGCUCAUAGGAGUUAGGCAUCUGCAUCCGUGGUUUUCUCCAUGGUGACUGUUCCCUGGCUACUUCUAAGCGUGGUGGAGUCCUAGGUUACAUCAGUCCAUGACCCUUUGCCUGGGUUCAAACUUGAGACUUGGCAUGUAGUGAUACUGCUUAGCCUCUACAGACAAAAUUAGGCAUCUUUUGUCUUUUCAGGUUUUCCCUUGUAACCAUGCCCUAGACUGAAGCUAAACUCUAGUAAAAUGAAUUAGGUCACGUUUCACAUGAAGAAGCACUAGCUGGAAGCACAAGAUUAUUUUUUAAUUAUGACAAUUACGAUUGUUAUAUCCUGUUUGGCGAAAUAUUAUUGUCACAAAGGUUUUAUUA